AUGAUCUUAUUUUGUAUUAUUGCAGAAAUAUCAAGGACAGUCGUGAAGCCUGAUCCUUCAUCUCCACUUAAUCCACAAGUUUCAAGAUCAGCUCAAGCUCCAACAUCGGGGAAUGUUACUACACCCAUAUUAAAUACAACAGUUUCGACUGGCGGUGGUUCUACAACAUUUCCCACAAAGCUAAGUACUCAACAAAUCGCCACCACAACUCUUUUUACCCGUCGAACCACGACAGGUCCUCAAGGAACAGAUAUACCAAUCGAUUCUCCUUGUCGGCCAUUUUACAGCAAAACUAAUCUGCCGCAAGACAGCAUAGACAUGGCACAUUUUCAAAUGCAUCCUUUCUAUCCCUUAGUGUACACCUACUGCUCUGUGAAUCUUUUACUAUUAAUUUGUUCCGUUCAUCUUCCUGUGUUCGACAUCGUUUCCAGCAAGAUUUUACCACCGUGUUCGGAUUUGUGUGAUCAGGUCUCGAUGGAUUGCAGUUAUGCAAUUAGGAAAUUGAAAUUCCCAAUUUCGACUUUAUUACAACAAUGUUCGUCCAAGUCCACUCCAGGAAAUACCACAAAUACAAAAUGCUUCCUGCCAAAAGCUACGCCUGAAAGAAAAGGACCUAAUGUAUCAUGCUGCUUUGAUGUGAAACCGCAGCCAUUUUGUAACACCUCAACAUUUGUACAAUCAUCGCUCAAUCGUUCUCAACAAGAUGAAGUAAUUUUCAACUUGAGCACGAUGUAUCUUCCAAUAUUUCAUGCCCUGGAAUCGUUGAACCAACCAGUAUGUGCAGCAAGGUUAUCAGAUUAUCUUUGCCUAAAGAAAUUCCAGUAUUGUGUGCCAGGAAGUAAAAAUGGAGGAUGUUCCGGAGAAAUUUACAAACCAUUCCGUGAAAAUUGUUUGUUCUUCGCAGACAAUUCGUCACCUUGUUCUAUACAUCAUAUCAACACUAUUCUUCAAAAAGCUGGCUAUAAUAUUCAAAUAAUGACGACAGAUUUUGACUGCUCGACAUUACAGUCCAUUACGUCUGAAGCAGAAGAGCUUUCGCAAAAUAUUCUACGAUUUACAAAUGAUCGCCGAAUUACAAAUGGAUUACGUAUUCCACGAUUAACAAAUGUUGUGAAGCCAAGGGGAAGUGAAAGGACCGUACAUUGGGACAGUUUACGAGACACGAAGGAGAUUAAGGAAUAUGGAAUAUUAUGGAGAAAGAGAGAGGGACCUGAUUCUUCAAAAAAUAAUUACCAGCACAAUCACACCACAAAAGAAUAUUAUAAAUUCAACGGUAUUCCAACACUAAAUUCACAGUACGAAGUGCUGUUAACGGCGAUAGGACAGGAUGGGAUUCCGCAACCCUUUACCACAGUCGAAUUGCCGCUAACCAACGAUUAUUGUCCGAGUGAAGAAGUUGGUUCACUGGAAGCAUAUGGAAUUUUCCAGUGGCCAGAAACAGCAAUCGGAAUUCGUGCCACAAUUGCUUGCCCUUAUAACAAUGACUCUAUCGCGAGCCGUGAUUGCCUUUCUACAAACCAAACAGAAAGUGGGGGUGUUUGGGGGCCGUCUUUAGUUACGGAUUGCAAGUAUAUGGAGCAGCGAAGUGGAAAUCUUUUCCUAUUAUCUCAGAGAGAAGUUAAUAGUAGCAACGUUGUGAACAUCACUAAAGAGGUUAAAGAAUGGUCUUCUACUAAUCAAAACAACACUCUUAACCCUGGUGAUAUUGACUAUAUCGCUACAAUAUUAAACAGCAUUGCGCUGGUGAAAGAAAAAGCAAACGAGGUUCUCGACGACUUCCUCACAAUCAUAGACAAUGUGCUGGAUGCCCAACUUAAAAAUAUCGUAGAAAGUCAACAGAAUCGAAACUCUUCAUCGAGGAUUGUUGAAACUUUAAAUACGUUUGCAGAAUCAUUGGUUAUUGGCCCGGAAAGCGAACUUCAGGCGGUGAAAAAAAACUUUGAUAUUAGCUUACAAACAGUGAAGCCACAGAACUUUAGCGGACUUAAUUUUUCUGGCAUUAUCAGCAAAACAAAUCAAUCACAAACAAGAAAUAACACUUCAAAAAUACAGAGUAAUGAAGUAACACAAGUCUUGUCGCCUUCACUUAUAAUUCCGCGAACAAUAUUCAACGAAUCAACUGAAAAAAACAGAUCCGCAAACCAGACCGUCAUUUUUGUGCUCUAUAGAGAAACAAAAUUCUUUAUAUUAUCAUUGGCGGACACUACUAGGAGAUCAAGUCGCUUGAAUAGUCUUGUAAUUUCCGGAAGUAUUGAAGGGUUGUCAGUUUCAAAUUUAAGUGUUCCAGUAAACAUUGCACUACCAAGUAUUGAAAGAGGCGAAACAAAAAGCAUUCUGUGCUCUUACUGGGACUUCAGCAUAGGAAAUUGGUCGCAAGAUGGUUGCAAGUUUGAACGCGUUCUUGAAGAUGGAAGGGUGCUUUGUAGUUGCGACCAUUUUACCAACUUUGCAAUGUUGAUGGACAUAGCUCCAGGAGAGAAGACUGCACAUGACAAAAUACUUGGUGUAAUAAGUUACAUCGGCUGUGCGCUCUCAUUGGCUGGGCUCAUCUUGACAAUAUUUACGAUACUAAUUUUGAGGGAUCUUCGAACACAAAUUCCAAGCCAGAUUUUGCUGAACUUUUGUAUUGCGUUGUCGGUGACGUUAAUUGUGUUCAUCGCUGCCGUUGAGAAGACCAGGACAUCAUCACUGGCCGGCUGUCGGGCAGCGGCGAUCGCCCUUCAUUACUUCUUGUUAGCAGCAUUAUUUUGGAUGGCAGUAGAAGCGUAUAAUAUGUACUGGGCAUUUGUUAAAGUCUUUUCUGCUCCGUCCCGAGCUAAACUUUUAAUCAAAUGCUGUGUGUUUGCAUGGGGUACUCCUGCCGUAGUCGUGGGUAUAACAAUGGUAGUUGCACUGGAUAAAUAUGGCGACGGAACCUA